AUGGCCACGAACAGUUCGCUAAUCGCAUCACUACUCUUCCUCCUCAGCAUCCUGCUCCGGCCAGCUGAACCGGCCGGCGUCCCCGGAGGCCGAGCUCGGCCGGCGUGGCAGCAGCCGUACCAACAGUACCCGACGGCGGCGGGGUACUACCCGUCGUCGCCGCCGGGAAGCAGCGGGUGGCCGCGGUGGGACCCGUACGGGUACGGUAGGUGCCUGGGGUCGUUGAUCAUGGAGGGAUCUUGCGCGGGGCAGAUCCUGUCGUCGUUCUGGACGGGGAGAAUUUACCUGUCGCCGGGCUGCUGCGAGUCGGUCCGGCGAGUCGACGACGAGUGCGUCACGACGGCGUUCGCCGCGCUGGCGAACCCUUACUUUGGUUACGCAUUGAAGGGAUACUGCGCCGCCACCAGGGCUUGGGUUCAAUCCCUAGAUUAG